UGUCAAAAGCAUUUAACUCAUAUUUGGUCUGAUACGAAAUGGAUGAUAGAGUUGAUAUACUAGGCUUCGUUCCUCAAAAGGAGUUAAUUUACAAUAAACUUUUGCCAUAUACAGAAAAAUUAGACAAUGAAUCGCAAAUAUAUUUGUCAGAAAUCAAAACUAAUUUAGGGAAAUCUGUUUUAAGUCAAAAUUUGGACGAUAUUUCUUUCUGGUGUAAGCAUUUAUUGAGGUACAUUUCUUUGUAUGGAAGAAAGUUUUCAAAAGAAGAUCACAUUUCUUUCAUAAAUGUUUUAUUUGAGCUUCUAUUGAUACCUGAUGUGGAGCUUACUUUUGUGGAUAAUAUAGCUGUUAUUCUAAAUUUACUUCUUAAAAAAUCUGAUUUGCUGUCUCGAGAUGAUUUGGUUUUACCAUGGCGUACAUUAUAUCAACUCUUUGAACGUUUAUAUCUCUCUUUAUCUGAAAACAUUGAAUACCAUCUCAAAUCUCUUAUUCGAUCUUGUAGAUUAUAUUUUUCUGUGGAUUCAACCCAAGAAAUUCUUGAUGAAUUUAGACCAUAUAUGUGUCCAUUUGAUAGUGGAUUUGCCAGAGUAGUAAAUUAUUUUGAAUCCCUUUUAUGCACCACUUUGCCACCCUCUGAGCAUGAUAAAGGUUUUAGACUAUGGUUUGAUGAACUCAUGACUAUGUGGCAACAGUGGCACAACAUUCCUGGUUGGGAAAAUGGUUUUUUGUGGUUGUUUUCACGUGUUGCCAAAGAUAAUAUUGGAUAUAUUAAUUGGGAACCAUAUAUGCCAAUGAUUUUUACAAGACUUUUAAGGAGCUUUAAUUUGCCUGGGAGAUCUAAUCAAGUGCAAGUUUUGCGUGUUGGUUGUGCAUUUGAUACAACUGCAGUCGCUACCUUGAUUGCUUCUAUGCUGGGAUCUGGAAGCAGCUGUCAAUUACACAUCAGUCGCCUUUUUAAGGCUUUAGAAUCAUUUUAUCAUCCUUCUAAUCAUGGAAGGUGGCUGGGGAAAAUGCAAAGACUUCUUCAAAAACUCCCUGUUGCUGUCAUUAAAAGAAUACGCAGAGAGAGAUACACUAAAAAAGUAAACUUCAAUGAGAUUCCUGAAGAAGCUAAGCUGACCAAUGAAGAUAUCACUGAAUUUGUCAAAAGCAUUGUUCCAGCUGCCCUAUUAUCUAUGUUUAGCAAACGAGGCUGUUUAGAUUCGGCUACUGCUCUUCAAAAUUUAGGAGCUCUUCGACCUGAAAUAGUUAUUCCCCCAUUGCUGGAAAGAUUAUACUCAUCUUUAGAAACUUUGAUUGAGCCUCAUCGUUUGACAGCUUCUAUGCAUUGCCUUCUUCCAGUAUCAAGAGCUUUAGUUCGAAAAAAUAAAUAUUUUCUUGAAGGGCCAAGUCAUGUAAUUCCAUUGUUAAUGGCAGCAUUACCUGGAAUUGAUCCAAAUGAUAUAAAAAAAUGCAUGGUUACUUUUCAAUUUAUAUCCACUUUUGUGACUCUGGUUUUACUAGUUGACUGUUCAAGUGCUGCAGAAUCAAAUCCUGAUCUUCCGCCAAAUGUGCAAGAACUAUGUCUAGCCACUGCUGCAUUUGAAGAUUUUGUUUUGCAAUUCAUGGAUAGAUGCUUUGUAUUAAUUGAAAACAGUUGCCUAGAUAAUCCUAGCCGCCUGGAUCGUGACUCGGAGCGUACAAAUCCCGAAGAAAAUUUUCUAGAAGUUGGAUUAAAUAGCACAUUUGGAAUUAUAGUCUCUCAGAGCUCACCUGAAAUAUAUGAGGUCAUCCUUAGUAAACUCCAUAAUUUUAUAACUACACACAUUUUAGAAGUUAAUGUGUCGGGAAAAUAUGCAGCUAACAUGUGUCGUGCUGCAUCUAAGGUUAAUCCAAAAUUGUGUUUGAAAGCUUUUGUUCCUCAUUUUACAAAACUCAUAUUGACGUUAACAGAAAAUGACGAUGUGUUAAAUGAAGAAGUUUUGGAUGAUGAACUGUUGUUUAGUUUAUUAGUUUUGUCUGAGGUAGUACGAUCUGAUGGUCAAUAUUUAUUGGAGUAUCACAAGAUGAUUGAAACUGUAUUGGAAAGAACUUUGUAUUUGAAGUGCAAGAAAGGUUAUCGUUCAGCAUGCCAGUUGUUGUUUUAUGCCUUAAAAACUUAUAUUCAAAGUGUACCAAAAGAAUCCCGCAGUGUUGCCAAUGCAUGGUCUCGCUAUAGUCCGGAAGAAAAGUACAGAUAUCUUGACGACUGGGGUGAACCUGGAGAUAUUAACAAUCUUGGAGUAGAAUACCAUGUUCCUUCUGAAGAUGAGUUAAAGGCCGUAAAAUCUCUGCUGGAAAAAUUCCUUUUUCCUGAACUUGAUAAACUUCAAAAGUGGGCAUCCAAAGAGCUUGUACUUUCAAGGGACUCUGUGCAGCAAUCGCUCAACAUUGUGUUGCACUGUCUUGUUGGUGCUUCUGAAGCUUUACCUCUAUGGCCUGCAGAACAGUUGCCACGACAUGAUUCGUCAUUACCAGUAUACUCUCCUGUUCCAUUAGAUUGUGGAAACAAAGAAAUUGAUUUUGAUGGGAAAAAUGUACGUUUGCUCAUUUGUGAUGUCAUGCGUAAAGUAUUAAACCACAUAACUGAAUGUUGUGAAGACGAUACUAAGUCACUUUUUCUUGUUAUCAAACUUUAUCACAGCUUGAUGUUUAAUUGGGGUGUAGAGAAAGAUGAUCUUGAUGGUAGAUUCAAAGCAUUUCGUCUUGUAAAGAAUGCUCUUGAAAAUAAGCUAUAUGGGAAGAAAAAGCACAUGCGCUCUCUGCUGAUUGACAGAACUCAUUUGCAACAUGAGUUGCGUCUUUCGGAAAAGUACAGACAUUAUUGUACUGAAGUUCACUAUUUGCUCAUGAAAGAUCUUUUACAGUUAUCUACAAGUCAUUACAGUGAAGUGAGGAUUAAAGCUCAAAUUGUUCUACACAAUUGUUUAAAUACUUUUCAUCAAUCUUAUAAAGUUAUAUUUCCAAAAGUUCUUGAAUUACUUCAGAAAGAUCCUACAGAAUGUCAUGAGGAAUUUAAGGGUGUGUUGCAUGUUAUUGUUGGACAGAAAAGAAGCUCUUUGCUAUUCAUUCAGUGUUGGGAAUCAUUAAGUAAACUUUGGCCUUUGAUUGUUUCCUCAAAACAUUCUGAAAAACCUUCCAUUAUAAAGCUGCUUGAAUCAAUUAUUGUGAUCAUCCAUAAGCAUUUACCAACUAUUCAGAUAAAGCUGAAAUUCUCAGAAAAAUGCUUGAAAGCUGCUGAGAGUCUUUUCAAUCAAAGUAUGCCACUACCAACUGCACCUUCUUUCACUAGUGAUGAAAUUUUGACUCACACUAAAAAUUUGCAAAACCGCAAUGAAAAAAAUGAAAGUUGCUACAGAAGUCUUGUAUUUUCUUUAAUAGAAUUGCUUCAAAAUAAUAACUUGCAUUGGAGGCAUUACCGGUUAGCUUUGGAAAUGCUAUCAAUUUUGAUUCGACCAGAUGUAGUGUAUCCUAAGGAAGGCGUAGAAUUAUUCGUAGGACAUUUAAUUCAUGAAACACUUGCAAUUAGAAAAAUUUCUUUGCAAGCUGUUGUCUGUAUUUUGAAGCAACACAAACGGAAACAUGUAAAAAUUGAAAUAGAUCCCAAAUCGCAGCAAAGUGAAGAUUGGACUCUUCAUCCACUCAUGGCUCAACAACAAACAGAAGACAUUCCAGAUAACUUAUGGUUGCAAUAUAACAGCCUUACUCCUCCAAAUACUCUUGAAAAAUGGAAAUCCAGGCAUUUUGUUCACAAAUCUUACGUAGGAUUUUAUGCAUGGCCAAAGCAAUUGAAAGUUCAUGCUCCAGAAAGUGAGCAGCCCAAGUUGGAUAGAACUUUUGAUGAACUGCAGGAGGAAGAAAAACCAAUAUAUGAAGCAUUUAUGCAACAAACAUUUGUUGAUAACAUAGUAUCAUACUUUUCUUUAGAAGAAAAGAAAGGUGUUGACAAAUUCUGUGAAAAAAAGUUGCUGUUGUUUCGAAAUUUAUUUUCUAACUUUGGAGAUACAUUCCUUCCUAAUUUUGUUCAUCAUCUGCAUCAAAUGGUGGAAGACAAACAAGAAAGCAUGCAACGUUGUGCUACAGAAAUGAUUGGAGGUAUACUGAAUGCUUCAAAGCACUGGGGUUUUGAAAAGGUAGAGAAACUAAAAGAAAAUUUUGUUCCUAUCUUAGAAAAAGCACUUAAGAGCAUUACACCAGAGACCUUUGCUGAUUGGGCUAAGUGUUUUGCUUCUAUGAUUGAAGACAGAGAUCCAAACAAAUACUAUUGGUUGUUUGAGUUCUUGAUGAAAGAACCCCAAAGCAUUGAAAAUGGAUCAUUUUUAGAAUCAAGUUGGCUCUUCAUUCUUGCUGAAACGUUGGCCACACAACAAUGGCGAGUUAAUGAAUUAUUUCUAAGAGUUCUUGAAUACAUUAAGCCAAAACUCAACCACUCUUAUCAAAAUGUUCGGGAGAAAAUUGCGAACUUAUUGGUAAAUAUUUUCAUGUACGAUAUUCCUGUGAAUGGGAACAGCCUAGUGUAUGCUCCUAAACGAUUACCAUUUCUAAAUGAAAUUUUGCCGAAAUUUGCCAUUUUGGACACAAAAGAUGGAAAUUUCAGAAAUGAGCUAACAAGUUCUGGAGAAGAAUCAGCUGAGCGAAAAGACGCCAAGAAUUUGUUUCGAACAAUUUGCUUAUGGAUUUCACUGAAUUCUUCAAGAACAUUGGCUCCUGCUCCUCCAGAUAUUUUUAAGAUUUUACCAUUGCUAUGCCAUUUGCAGAAUGACAGUACCGAUGAAAGUUUCCAACGAGAGUGCUCUGUUGCAAUAGCUAUCUUAGGGCAUGCUUUAUUAAGCCAUGAAAGCAUUAAUGUGGCUGUAAAAUCCCUUCAAGAAAUUGUAUCUAAUAACUCAUGGCACUCCAGAGCUGCUGCAGCUGCAUAUCUUCAACAAAUGGUAUUUUCAAAUCUAUUCAGCAUAAUGUGCAAUGAUAAAUGGACAGCAACUAUUCAUGAAAUGCUUUUAACUCUUUUACAAGAUGAAAGAAUUGAGGUCAGAGAAUCAGCUGCUGAAACUCUUUGUGGGUUUCUUCAUUGUGAAUAUUUUAAAAUCUCAGAAGAAUUUUUGAAUAAUUUUAAGGUGAAGUGUCAAAAGAAAUUAAAAAGGCAUAAAGCAUAUCAAAAUGGCCCUCGAAGUAUAGAACCUGAUGAACUUAGAGAAAGGCAUGCUGGAAUAUUAGGUUUAUGUGCAUGUGUAAAUGCUUUUCCAUAUGAUGUUCCAGACUUUCUUCCUGAUAUUUUAGUCCUAUUGGCUGAUCACUUGCAUGAUCCACAGCCAAUUGAGGCUACGAUCAAGAAAACUCUCUCCAGUUUCAGAAGGACCCAUUAUGACAACUGGCGAGAUCACAAACUCAAAUUUACUGAUGAUCAACUUGCUGUGAUAACUGAUUUGUUAGUUUCUCCCAGUUAUUAUGCUUGAACAGUUUUGAAAAGUUCAUUUUUAGUACUCUUGUAAUUUACUACCAUCUUCAUAAUUUUGUGGACACUAUUGUGGAAAGUUUGUUAUACAUGUAUGAAAUGGCAUUGAUGUAUGACACAUAUAAAUUUUAUCUGUACAAAUGUGUUUCAUCGUUUUAUUGAACUGAACUACGAGAUAUAUUAUUUUAAAAAUAAAAGUUGUAAUUUGUUUUUAAAUUUAAUUUAUUACAUAUUAUUAAAGUUAUUUUCUUUCAUCUUUUUAAAGUGGGAUUGGGGAUUAAAUUCGUAUGAAAAUUUAAACUGAAAGGAAAAUGAUAUUUAUAUUUCUUCAAAUAAUUGUUCCUUGAUUUUAAAAGCAAAAACACCUUUUUUCUUUAACUUUAUGAUUUUCCUCCUGAGUUAUUUACAAUGAAUUUUCAGUAAAGAGAAAUCCAAUAUUCAUGUACAAUAAAAACAUUAAUUAAAAGUGUACUUGGCUCUAUGCUGCCAUGAUGGUAAAAUGAUACCUAAAUUUUGAUAAUAAAAUAAUUUUUAUAUCCUA